AUGAAGCUGCGGAUUGCCAUGGGCCAAUCGGGCUUAGCGUGCUCCAAUAACGUUACAGACCUCCCGCCAUCUUGCAACUCCCUCCGUUGCAACUACUGCGUGUCUGCUAUCAUCGGGUACCACUCGGCUCCGAUUCGGCGCAGGCAUUUCCGGCACGCGAUGGACUACUCUGCUAUAGCUCAAGAUCCAGUGGGAUCGUCACCAUGGGGUUCUCCCCAGGUUGAUCGAGCGACGUUUCCAACUCCUAACAACAACGAUGUCCCUCCGGCUCCUUUACCUAUAGAACAACCCUCAUACGACGCGGAGGCUCACCCCGGAAGCCCCAGACCUGGGCAACCUAGCGGCGACGAUGAAGAGUCAGAUUCAGCAGAUCUCUCGCAGCGACUGCAAAGUGCGCAGUUAGGCGAUCCUGACUAUGCUGUUGAACAGCCACCUUACUCUACACAGCAACCUCAGGAUUUGCCGCAUCACCGAGGGCAGGCACCCGCUCGAUAUCAUCCUGGAGCAAGGCAGUAUUCCAAACAAUCUCACCCCGUAUACAAAAUCCAGGCGAAGAUUACGGGGUUGGAGAGAACUGGGAAGAAGGACCUCAUCCUCCGUUUCGACGUUCACACAAACAUUCCUAAAUUCCGAACCACGCAAUACCGCGAUGUGCGUCGUACACAUUCUGAGUUUGUUAAACUUGCUCAUCAUUUGAUUUCUGCGAACCCCGAAGCUCUCGUCCCCGCAGUACCUCCCCCGCUGACGCCAGCCGGCGCCGGAACAGAAGAGGACGAAAUCAGAGUCAAAGCUUCGAUGCAGAAAUGGAUGAAUUACAUUCUUAGCAAUGAUGUGUUGAUUCAAGAUGAUGAGGUGGUCUUGUUUGUGGAAAGCGACUUCGGAUAUAGCCCAGUUAUGAAAAUGAAGCAGCCAGCUACUGGCGUCCGGAGGAAGGUGUUGAAACAGUUUGCGCCUCCCCCGGAUGACACUCCGGAACUGCAAAACGCUCGACCAGUUGUCAAGUUGUUCUAUCUUGGGGCAAUGGAUGCUAGCCAGAAGGUUGAUCGCGUGGUGAAGGCCCGAAGAGGAUUGGGCCUGGCGGAGUCAGACCUCGGUGUGAAAAUUGGGCAGAUAAACGUUCAAGAGACGCAUCCAGGUUUGGCCAACGCAUAUCGUAAGCUAGGCAAGAUCAUCCAAACCGUUGGGGACUAUCAUGCUGCUCAGGGGACUGCAGAGGCCACCACUUUGGGUGACCCAUUAAACUAUCACUCAUCUGAUGCUCUUAUCGUGAAAGAGACUCUGACUAACCGUCACAUUUUGCUCCGGGAGUUAAACCAAGCCCAGCAUUCUACGCAGAGCAAGCGCUCGGCUGCGGAUCGCUUGAAAAUCAGCUCCUCUGUUCGCUCGGACAAGGUGGAUGAGGCUAUUAACGCUCUCGAGGAGGCCCAGGCGCACGAGGACUACCUUACUAGACGGACGCAAAGGGUUACAUCUAAUUUACUUCUGGAGAAGCGGCGCUGGUUCGAACGCACUUCCGCCGAUGUCCUGGCGAGCUUGCGCGAGUACACACUACGCCAAAUUGAAGCGGAACGCCGAACGCUUGCUACACUGGAGAGUAUCCGACCAGAUGUGCGCGCCAUUGAUUCCUCGGGUGGCCUCAGCCGUCUUGGCCGCGAGUCGCAUCCGAAUGUACGUCGGGCGAAUUUGGCGUCGAGCCAGGGUCCUAAAGGUGACGCAUGGAGUGGAAUUCCCCGUCGUAGCGACAGUCUUGCGAGAAGUAUCUCGGGCAGUAUCGUCCCGCCAGGCCUGGAGAGCAAUGAGGUCGUCAAUGGCGGCAGAGAAGGUCGCUUGCGUGCCGGCAGCGGCAUCGACUCCAUCACUGAGGAAGACGAUCAGGAUCGUCUUGAUGCAAGGAAUGCUGCGAGUCGUUUAGCUACCAGCACCUUCUAG